CGUGCGAGUUUGCGGGACCAAUCGUGCGAUCGGAUUGAUCCCGUGGUGUCAAGAAGUCGUACGGAUUUUCAGGGGCGAAUUUUGUAUGCCGUUUGCGACCGCGGUCCGUGUCCGAGGCACUUGUAUGUCAGCCCGCGUCGGUGUCGAGCGUGCAUUCUAAUUAUGAUCAAGCUAUUCUCACUGAAACAAGCAAAAAAAGAUGGCGAGUCACCCAAGGCUGGUACCCAGAAGAAGGCGUCCGCGGCACAGCUGAGAAUCACAAAAGAUAUAAACGAACUGAAUCUCCCAAAAACGUGCGGGACUGAAUUCCCGGAUCCCGACGAUUUGCUGAGCUUUAAAUUAAUCAUUUGUCCAGAUGAGGGAUUUUACAAAGGUGGUAGGUUUGUAUUUAGUUUUAAAGUUGGGCCCAAUUAUCCACACGAGCCACCUAAGGUAAAAUGUGAGACUUCGGUGUAUCAUCCCAAUAUCGAUUUGGAAGGUAAUGUGUGCCUCAAUAUUUUAAGAGAGGACUGGAAGCCUGUGCUCACAAUCAACUCCAUCGUUUAUGGUCUUCAGUAUCUCUUCUUAGAACCAAAUCCUGAGGACCCAUUAAAUAAGGAUGCAGCCGACGUUUUGCAGACUAACAGACGGGCUUUUGAACAGAACGUAGCAAAAGCGAUGCGAGGCGGUUAUGUAGGAUCCUCUUAUUUUGAUAGGUGUCUCAAGUGAUACAGUGCCUCGACAUCAAUACUGUACACACUUCUCCAAGGACUCGCUAUAGGUGAAGAGAUCCUGAACUACAGAAUGAAUGCAGGAUUGCACGAUGUCCUGAUUAUCACUUGCGUGAUAACAUUAACAUAUUUACUUUUUUUGUGUCUUGCCAGGCCUAUACACAUUUAAUUUUGGGGGAAGAAAACUUUUUAUUGCUGUAAAACCAUGGCGGCACACUUAAAUGCCAUCGUUUAUUGUUUUCCGAUAAUUACUAAAAAUGUUUAUCGGCCGUGGCAUUAUUUUAGUGAAUUUGAAGUGCAGUGUUGAGGGGAAAGUAGAAUUAUAGUUUGACAUUCGACAGAUAAUAGAUGUUACGACGAUUAAUAUUACGUACAUACAAUUCCGGACUUCCUGAAAUUGGAAAGUUUCCAGAAUUUUUAAAACCUGUAUUUUUUUAGAUACCUUAAUUUAUGAAGUAUUUAUUUUCUAGGGGGAGAGAAGGGAUAACUGAGUUUCAUAAUAACUUCACUGUAGCAUCUAUCAAAAUCUACUUUUCAUUUAAAUAUAUGUACACAAGUAACUUCUGUAUUGACUGAGAAUGGAAUAUAAGGCUGUUACAAAACUGCAAACAGUUUUUGUUUGGAUUUUCGCAAACAGCAUAUUUUUACACCCGACAAAGUAGAGGUCUCUUUCGUAAUAUACGUAAAAAUAACGAUCUAACAUCUCUUUUUUUUUUAUGAAACAAGUUGAAAUUUAUUUCAUACUAAGCAAAGAGAUUGGUUUUGCUUCAUGUACAAGUACAAACCUUACGGCGAUCAACUAGCAAAUACGAGAUUACAAUCAUGGAGAUUUGUAAUGCUACAAAAUUUAAUUUAUUAUAUUUCAUAAUUAUACUAGAAAUGUUGGAAAGUAUAUUUUGAACGUCACGCUUGUACAGAGUCUAUACAAAAUAAUUGAGCAUAUCUCAAUGUAGUUUAGAAAAAUUGAUACAUGCAAGAAUCACAGAAAUACUUGUAUAACAAAGUGUGUUGAAAUGUGCCACCGAUACUUCUUUCUGCUACUUGCUCUUGUAUUGAUGUAUAAAUCCGAAUAUUUAGGUAACAUCAUAUAUAUCUCCACAAUCUGUAUGCACUUUGUAAUUCAUAAUCGUAAAUAUGUAUAAUUGUUAAUAAAAAUAACAAAUAAUUGAGAUAAACUAUAUUUACACAUGAGUUAAUAUGGAAAAUAUUUUUACUUUUAAUCAUAAAUUAUGUCACAAUAAAUUUUAAUAUCUUUGUGGACGAUCUCAUUAAAAAAAUCUACGAUUGUGAAUUUCAAAUUACUACGACUGCGUAUAUUUUGUUGUUUACUAAAUAUAUUUAAUUAGACAAAUGUAAAAGAGAGCUAAAUGCUAAUCCACAAACAUAUUGUAAACUCCAGAAAUAAAGGAUCUUGGAUAAAUAAAUAAAUGACAGAUACAA